AUGACCACCAACAUCGACGUGGCGAAGGAGAUCUACGCGCGGUUUGGCGCUGGUGACUUCGACGGAAUGGCUGCGCUCGCCACGGACGACACCGAGUGGCACGUCUGCACGGGCGCCCCCUACGGCGGCCAGCUCAACGGGAGGGCGCAGGUGCUGACGUGGGUGCGCGAUAAGCGCCAGAUCGCCAUGACCAGAUUCGAGCCCACCCGCUUCUUCGCCGACGGCGACGAAGUGGUGGUCUUCAUCAGCUGCGAGGGCACCGUUCAGUCCACCGCCAAAUCGAUCGCCAUCGAGAUGGUGCACCACAUGCGCUUUGUGGACGGCAGGGUGUCCUACCUGUACGAGUUCAACCACGACGCCCGCCUGGUCGCCGCCGCCUUCGAGCCCUAA